AUGCCAGCUAAUAGACGCACACUAGAACUGGGCAAUGUCCUGGUCGUUGGAGGCUGUGGCUUUUUGGGGUGGCACAUGGUCGAUCACUUGCUGAAUUUCCCCUCCGAGACCGACCCCAGCUACGCACUCGCGAAGCCCGUCGGCGACGCGCGCUUCGAGUAUCCCACUCUGGGUUCCCGCUACCCAACCACCCACUCAACCGUGUCAGUGGUCGACUUGCGCACAACGAAUAACCGCCUUCCGGGCGCCAAGUACUACGAUGGCGAUAUCACCUCCGUUGACUCCAUGAUGGAAGUCUUCCGUGCCGUCAAGCCCGAUCUUGUCAUUCACACUGCGUCGCCCUCGAUGAUCGAGGGUAACAAGCCUCUGUUGCACAAGGUUAAUGUCGAAGGCACACGGACACUCCUCGAGGUUGCUGGUGGUGAGCACGGUGACUGGGGUGGCAAGUGCAAGGCCUUUGUGUACACCAGCUCCAGCUCCGUGGUCCACGACACCCAGAGUGACCUGAAGAACGUGAACGAGCAAUGGCCCUACAUUCGCGGACCUGCGCAGAAGGAGUACUAUUCCGAGACUAAGGCCGACGCCGAGGAACUCGUCCUGAAGUACAACAAGCAGUCCCCGACAGGGAUGUUGACAGCCGCCAUUCGUCCCGCCGGCAUCCACGGCGAAAAGGACACGACCGUCACACACAAGAUCCUCGAGCAUGGCUCACAGGCCUCCGACCGCGUGCUCCGCAUGCAGCUUGGCGAGAACGACAACCUGUUCGACUUCACCUACGUGGGUAAUGUGGUCUACGGCCACUUGCUCGCCGGACACCGGCUCCUGGCGAGCCACGACCUUAUCUCAGCUGGCAAGGGCGGGCCCCUGGACCACGAGCGCGUGGACGGCGAGGCAUUCAACAUCACCAACGACUCACCCGUGUACUUCUGGGACGUGACUCGCUCCAUGUGGGCACUGAUUGACCGCAUUGUCGAGCCACACCAGGUGUGGGCGCUUCCUGAAGGUCUUCUUGAGACCGUUGGUGGUAUCGCGGAGACUGUCAUGGGCCUGUUCGGUAAGACCCCGCGUCUCACGGCUCGCACUGUCCGCUACUCGUGCAUGACCCGUUACUACUCGACCGAGAAGGCGAAGCAUCGCCUGGCAUAUUCGCCCGUUGUGCCCCUGGACGAGGGUAUUGCCCGUGCUGUUGGAUUUAUUGUUGCACAGCAAAAGUCUGAUGCGGCCAAGAAGAGUUUGUAA